GGUCGUUGUCCACCCGCUGUUCUGCAUGGGCUUCUUCUUGGCUCUUCUCAACCUCGGCUUCCACGCGUUUAUCGAGAACAGCCCCGAAGGCCACCGCGUGCAGUGCAUCGAGAGCAUCGCGCUGCUCGGUGGCCAGGACGAUUUCUUCGGGGAGAAUGACCACAUGGCGCACCACUACCACACCAACGUGUACUGGAGGGACUUGACCGAGCUGCAGGAGAAGCAAAUGAAGGAGUGGACGACCAAGAAGGCCUCCGUCUUCAAGGACAUAGACGUCUUCACCUUCUCCGUGUUCGUCAUCCUGAAGGCCUGGCCGUUCCUCGCCGAUCGCUUCGUCUACUCUGGGGACAUGACCAAGGCAGAGACCAUGCGGCUGCUCGAGGCGAGAGCUACCAGGCGCGAGGCCGAGCACCAGCACCUGCUGCCCGCGCUCCCCACGCCCUCCAGGCCGCGGGGCUACGGCCCCGAGCCGAGCCCGCCGCCCGUGGAGGGCAGCGAGUCCUACCACAGGCUGCUGAAGACCCUUGGCGCCGUGCAGCUCGCCAUAGCCGCGGUGAUGGAGCAGGCGCUACCCCCCGUGCAGAAGUCGUGGCCGAGCGAGGCUUGGGAGAGACGGCCAGACGAGCCCGAGACGCCCGUGAAGAGGGAGGACGGGAGCUGCCCCGCCGAAGGGCGCGAGAAGGGCGCGUAGGUGGCGUGGAAGACGCGCGUGCUGAUGGUUGGCUCUGAAGCCGCGAUUUCUGACGGCGAGGGGCAAGAAGGGGGAAGGGGGAAGCGGUGGCGCCUUCGGGAAGGGGACGGAGACCUGCCGAACUGCGGAACGGAGAUUUGCUCGUCCUGCACAGCUCGCACAUCUUCACGCUCGUUGCGUGGAUCGCGUUGCAUUGGCUCGCCCUUAGUCGCCAUCGCAAGGCCCAGGUAUGCUAAAAGAGCCCUACAUCACCCAUAAAAGUGGCCCAUCGUGCCCAGUGCAAAAAAUCAUGCGAGUUCGAGAUACUAUGAAGGAGAAUGAACUCCGUGUCGAGCUAGCAGCUAGCAGGACUGAACCCCCGCACAGGCUGUCCACUGUAUUCGACAGGACCGUCCGACAAUUUUGUUCGGCGCUCGGAGGCGCAAGGCCGCGCGAAGUCGCCCCUUGGCCUCUCGAGGAACGCUGGGCGUCCUGCCGUCCCGCCGCGCUGCCGACGCAGCGCAGCGCUCGCAAACGGGCCCUCGGAGGACGCCGCGCGGGCGGCGGGUGCACGCGCGGUACAGCCGCGGCCAGGGGGGCGCUCGCGACGAGUCCCACUGGCGCGAGGCCGCGUGAGGAACGUUGCCGGCCCAAAGAUUUGGCGCUCGGGCGCCUGGGUGACUGGACAAUUCGGAGCAUGGGCGAACAAUUCUGCGUGAGGCUUUUGGCGUGGAGUAUGGAGAGGAGGUGUCCCGAACUCAUGCGGGGACAUGGGCUGAUGACACCCUUUCACGUUUUGCACGCACCGCGCAUUUCUGUGAGAGGGUGCGGGAAGGUGGAGCCAGCCCCGACGCGGAUGCUUGCCUGGCAUAAACGCCGCCGUGCUGUCUUCCUUGUGCGCCCGAGAAUUAGGCAACGCAUUGCCUGUAUUGUUUAGGGUGGCUCUCCAGUGUGGAGGCUAACCCGCAUGUGCAGACGGGUAGCAUUGGUGAUGCUCAUGCUUGCUUUGGAUUGCGUGUGAUUGGAUUGAAUGGCAGGUGGAUGCUGAUAUCGUGCGGGUAGCGCGCCACUGUGCCAAUCAGCGGCGCAGGCAGCGUGGACGAAGCUGAUUUGAGGCCCGCGCCAGUUCAGCGCGCAGUCUGAAUUUGCGUGGGUCUGAAAUUCGACCUCGUUUCCUCGGUCUCGGGGCCGUCGGGGAGCCUUCUU